AGAAAAACGGCCAGGCGACGUAAAAUAUGAGCCAUACAAACCUACAACUCACCAGUUUGCAUGCAGUCAUUGCAAAGGGAAGUUCCAAACUUUAGGAGAAAUUGAGAGACAUUUUGUAGCUGCUCAUGCUAACUCACCAGAUGAAGCUAAGAAUGAGUCUGGAAAUCAACAAAAUAAAAAGGAUGAAAAUGUGUCAGAGAUCCAGCAAAGGAAUCCUCGCUUCUCAGCUGACGACUGUGAUAAAGAUAUUGCAGUCGAAUAUCUGAACAAUGAUUUUGUACUAGGCAUGAGUCCUAAAAUAACACCGAGCAAAAGACUCCAGUGUUGUUUCUGCAGUAAAACAUUUGUCAAACUUAGUGAGCUGAAUCAGCAUGUUUUGAUAAUCCACCGAGGAAGGCGCUUUGUUUGUAAAAAGUGUGGCAGAAGAUAUUCAAGGAAAAACAAAAUGAAAAGUCACAUCAUUAAACACCAUCAGAAGUAGAUACCAUCAAAGUAGAGAUCGUCUAAGUGUAUUGACAAUACCAUAAUAUAAAACGAAGAAUAUGUGGUCCAACCAAUCUCCCAGUCUAUUACAUUA